UUUGCGGGAGUUAGUAUGGGAGUUCCGCGCCUGGCGGAGAGGACCGAGGAGGCUAGGCGGUGCGAUUUUCUCUUCAGUCAAGGGAGUCACGUUCCAGGCAUCCGGGGGUGUUCAGUGGUUCCGCCCUCAGAUGGGCGUGGCCUGGCGGAAGAGGGGCGUGGCGUGGCGAAGCAGGGGUGGGGCGAAGCAGGAGCUGGAGGAAGGAGGAAGGGCCGUACAGAGGCGGGCUCCCGGAGCCAGCUGUGCUGCGGCCUCUUCGACAUGUCGGCGCACCAGCAGGGCACGGAGCUCGAUCUUAGCUGGAUCUCCAAAAUACAAGUGAAUAAACCAGCAGUGCUAAGACGUGCAGAACAAAUCCAGGCUCGUAGACCUGUGAAAAAGGAGUGGCAGGCUGCAUGGCUCCUGAAGGCUGUUACCUGUAUAGAUCUUACUACACUUUCAGGUGAUGAUACAGCUUCCAACAUUCAAAGGCUGUGUUAUAAAGCCAAGUAUCCAAUCCGGGAAGACCUCUUAAAAGCUUUAAAUAUGCAUGAUAAAGGCAUCACUACAGCUGCCGUUUGUGUUUAUCCUGCCCGCGUGUGUGAUGCAGUGAGAGCUCUAAAGGCUGCAGGCUGUGACAUCCCAGUGGCAUCAGUGGCCACUGGCUUUCCAGCUGGACAGACUCAUUUGAAAACACGAUUAGAAGAGAUCAGAUUGGCCGUGGAAGAUGGAGCUACGGAAAUCGAUGUGGUGAUUAAUAGGACCUUGGUGCUGACAGGCCAGUGGAAAGCCCUGUAUGAUGAGAUUCGUCAGUUUCGCAAGGCCUGUGGGGAGGCUCAUCUCAAAACCAUCUUAGCCACAGGAGAACUUGGAUCUCUCACGAACGUCUAUAAAGCCAGUAUGAUAGCCAUGAUGGCAGGAUCAGAUUUUAUUAAGACUUCUACGGGAAAAGAAACAGUAAAUGCUACCUUUCCAGUAGCUAUAGUUAUGCUUCGGGCCAUUAGAGAUUUCUUCUGGAAAACUGGAAACAAGGUAGGCUUUAAACCGGCCGGAGGCAUCCGCAGCGCGAAGGACUCCCUUGUGUGGCUCUCUCUCAUAAAGGAGGAGCUGGGAGACGAGUGGAUGAAGCCUGAACUCUUUCGAAUAGGUGCCAGCACUCUACUUGCCGACAUCGAGAGGCAGAUUUACCAUCACGUGACUGGAAGAUACGCAGCCUACCAUGACCUCCCCAUGUCUUAGAUAAUCAACAAAUUCCAAAAACGUCCUUUGCAACAAUGUGUAAAAAUUAUCUUUCUAUGUGAUUGCUAAAGUUAUUUAAUGAAAAAAUGGGGGGAUAGAUAACUUACCCCCCGCCCUUAAAAUUUCCAUUGAAUUUAGCUUAAAGAAUGAAUGGAAAAAAACCAACUAAUCUACACAUGGUCCCCAUUUCAGGCAUAUCUGAAAUGAUCUGAAUUACUAUAUCUCCAGGGUUAAUGUUGCAAAGGUUUUCUCUUAAAGAACUCUGAGUAAAAUGUUAAUGAUAGCUUUGAUAAUGUUAAAUUCUAAGGGAGCAAAUAUUGACUUGCCCAAGAACCACUAUGCAGCAAAAGAAAAUGAAGCACCCCGAACUUCUCUUGCUCUUCCAAACUAUUUCAGGACUAAUUUCCUAAUCACUCAACACGAAUUUCCUGCCAUGAUAAUUUGUCUUUAAUUUUCGCAACAGAAAUGCUCUUUUACUAAUUGUUUUGCUAAUGAAAUAUCUGUCAUUUUAUAUGAAACUAUGGAUAUCAUUGAAUAUUUUUAAUGAAAACAUUCCUAUCAUUUAUUAAAAAAACUUUAAAUUGUAGUAAUACAUAGGGAAAAGUUAAUCUAUUAAACUUAAAAAGAGAUUUUAUCCAUGA